GUUUACAAACCCAUCACAUUCCAACCAGCCUCAAUCACAUUGAAACAGCAAGACUCCCGGGUAGUCCUAUCUUCAACCAAACGCUGUGCACCGUCACAAUGGCCCCUUCAGCAGUCGAGCCCGAUGUGCCUGUGAGAGGCAAAGGGCCAGUCCGCGAGCCUCUCCAGCUUUCAGGAGCGCUGGACUCGUACGAGUCCUUUGAUGUUACCCCUGUUAUCGGCCGAGAGUUUCCCACCGCCAAGCUUGUUGAGUGGCUCAAUGCACCCAACUCGGACGAGCUCCUCAGGGACCUCGCCAUCACCAUCUCUCAGCGCGGAGUCGUGUUUUUCCGUGCCCAGGAUGACCUUACCAAUGAGCUCCAGAAGAAGCUGAUUCUGCGGCUUGGAGAGCUCACGGGGCGGCCUGCCACCUCGGGGCUCCAUAUCCAUCCGAUCCUCAACUCGGAGAGAGAGCUGGGUGGUAAUGAUCUCGAGAUCAGCACUAUCAGCUCCGUGCAGAACAAGCAGUUCUACUCCAAGAAGGUCCCCGACACGCUCAGCGUCAAGAACCAACGCAGCGCCCAGUGGCACAGUGACAUUGCCUUCGAGCCCGUGCCGGCAGACUACACGUCUCUCCGCCUGGUCCAGCUCCCCACCACGGGAGGAGAUACCCUGUGGGCGUCGGGCUACGAAAUCUACGACCGGAUCAGCGAGCCGUACCAGAAAUUUCUCGAGACACUCACGGCCACGUUUGAGCAGCCGGGCUUCCAGAAGGUAGCAGAUAACUUGGGCUUCAAUCUCUACGACAAGCCGCGGGGAGCGCCCGAGAACGUGGGCGCCGAGCUCAAAGCCAUCCACCCGGUCGUCCGUACGAACCCGGUCACGGGCUGGAAGAGCAUCUUCCCGGUGGGCGGACAUGUCAAGCACAUCAACGGGUUGACCGAGGAGGAGAGCUCCCAUCUGCUGAGCUGGUUCCUGGACCUGGUCUACAAGAACCACGAUCUGCAAGUUAGGUUCAAGUGGAAGAACGCGAACGACAUUGCCAUCUGGGACAACCGAUCCGUGUUCCACACAGCAACCUUUGACUACCUUGACGGCAGCUACGGUGAGCGGUUCGGAAACCGCGUUGUUGGGCUUGGCGAGAAGCCGUACCUGGACCCUAACAGCACCUCGCGGAGAGCCGCCUUGAACAAGGCUUGACACAACCUGGUGCUGGCGGGAGCGUUUCAUUUCCCAGUGACUCCGUCAUUUUUUUUUUCUUUUUUUUUCUUUUUUUGCCGACCAACAACGGCGAGGACUUGGGAACCCUUGACAAUGAUUUGCCCCUGGGGAGGCGGAGACGCCAUGGCUAUCGCUGUUCAAGCACAACUGGG